AUGUACACCAAUGUGGUCCCAGCUAGAGGUAUGUCGAUUGAACAGUCUCAUAUUGCUUACGCAUGUGUUGGAAUCUUCAGUACGCUCUUCUCGCUAGCGUCUCUCUUUGUCAAGGAACGGUUGUACAUUGGUGAAGCCACCGUGGCGACUAUCGCCGGCUUGAUCUUCGGACCUCACUGUCUAAACUGGCUAGACCCGAUCAACUGGACGAAUUCCGACCAUUUGACCUUGGAGAUAUGCAGAAUUGUCUUGUGUAUCCAGAUUGUCGCUGUGGCGGUCGAACUUCCUAGAAAAUACAUGAAGAAACACUGGCUCAGUGUCACCAUCUUCUUGCUACCUGUCAUGACUUGUGGCUGGUUGGUUGUUGGUCUUUUUAUUUGGGCCCUUAUACCGCAUUUCAACUUUGCUGAUGGUCUUUUGGUGGCGGCUUGUGUGACUGCUACUGAUCCUGUCUUGGCUGCUGCUGUCGUUGGUAAGGGUAAGUUCGCAGAGAGAGUUCCUGGACAUUUACGUAACUUGCUUACGGCCGAGUCGGGCUGUAACGAUGGUAUGGCUUUUCCGUUUAUUUUCCUUGCGCUCAACUUGGUCACUCAGGCAAAUCACGCUAGAGAGGUUGUCAAGGACUGGUUUACACUUACAAUCUUCUGGGAGUGUUGCUUCGGCGUUGUUUUGGGUGUCUUUCUCGGAUACUCUUUAAGAAAGGCGGUGGCAUUUGCUGAAAACAAGGAUCUUAUCGAUAGAGAGUCCUUUUUGGCGCUUUUCGUCUUCCUCGCCUUCGUGUCUGCCGGUGUCGGCUCUAUGCUUGGUGUUGACGAUCUUUUGGUUUCGUUUGCUGCCGGCACAGCGUUCGGCUGGAACGGUGAAUUCGCUAGAAAAACUGAAGAGUCGCAUGUUUCGACCGUCAUUGACUUGCUUCUCAACUUGUCUUUCUUCGUUUACUUUGGUGCUAUCGUCCCUUGGCCUGAUUUCAACAACAGUGAUCUCGGUCUUGACGUUUGGCGCUUGAUCAUUCUUGCGUUCGUCAUCAUCUUCCUUAGACGAAUUCCAGCCGUGCUCGCCUUGAAGCCGUUCACUCCUGAUGUCAAGACAUGGAGAGAAGCUUUGUUCUGUGGCCACUUUGGCCCUAUCGGUGUGGGUGCCAUUUUCGCCGCCAUUCUUGCUAGAGGUGACUUGGAAGCUCACUACACUAAUGAGGAGACCCCAUUGGCAAACCUCACCGAUGAAACAUUCCCCAUUACCAGCUCAUCAAAUGUAUCUGGCCUAUCGUCUGCUUCAUCAAUGGCAAUCACAAUGACCACAACCAAUACUCAUGAUCAAGGUCCUUCCUGGAUGUCUCGUUUGCAGAAGCUCGACAGAACUACUACUUCCUACUCCUUGCACAGUAUCGACACGGCCCAUCCUGAUCUCAAACCAGAAGACACAGCCUCUUCUCAAACUGGAGCCAAAGUUAGACCUUCUGGAGGCGCUAGGAGGAAGAGAAUGCAGAAGAAGCACAAUAAGCGUGAGAGCAAAACCACCGACGAUGGAAGACAUCGUCCUCAAACUGAGGUUUUGCAGUUGGGCAAAUCACAUUCCCAAGGACCCACCAAAAGCGAUGGUGGCGAUUCUGGCGAUACCUCUUCUACGUUUGCUGAGAAGAACGAGAACAUUGACAAUGAUAUCAAUGAAGAGACAUUGAAAGAGGUCAGAAACAAAAUCGCUGUCGAUUCAGGUAAGCCUCUUGAGGACCUUGAUCCAGACACUGACCAAAUUCCCGCCGCUAUUUAUAAGGAGGGCAACCAUAUCAUAGUAGAGGAUCAGGAAGGUGAAAUCAUACAAAGCCUUCCAAUGAGAGCUCUUGAACAAUGCCAGGAGACACCAUCGAAUGCAGAAAAUGUCAGUAUCCAUUCCAUGAAUUCAUUGAGACGCCAUAUGUCGCAGUUCUCAGCCACGUCCCACAACCUGGGACUUUCUUCCAAGAGUGGUGAAUCCAUUGGCAAGAAAAUAACAAGAACAAUGAGUCGUAAAAAGAAGGCGUUCGUCAAGAAAGAUGGAGGCAAGAAAUUCUUUGCUCACCAGGUUGAUAAUUUAAUCGUUAUUGAAAACUCCGACGGUGAAGUCGUCAGACGUUACAGAGUCAACAAGCACGUCAAUCCAAACAAGCAAACCACCAGAGCAAGACUGGGUUCCAUCGUCAACAAGGCUUUGUCUCUUGUGGGUAUCAAAAACAAAGAACCGUCACCAGCUGAUGCAAAUGCAGCCAGAGAAUCGGCUCUUGACUCUCCUCUUCCCGUUGGAGAGUCUGAGAAAGUUGUGAUCCCCCAUGAAGAAUCGCCACACCACGAUGAAGAAAAAUUCAACAACUCGAUGCAACGCAAACUCAGUGGUCUUAUUGAGGCUGAGACUGGUGUGGACAGUAAUCAUGUCGUCCUCAAGGAAGAAGAGCCGUGCGACACUGAUGAGUACAACGAGCUGGAGGAUGAAGAGACCGAGGUUGAAAAGAAAAGAAGACUAGCUGCAUUGGGACAACUCUCGCACGAAAGAGAUGCUAGUGACGAAGAACGUUAA